AAAAGCGGCCAAACAAAUAACCAUAGAAAGAAAAUCCACUGUAGCAGAACAAACAUGACAUGCGAUCCGCGUCCCUCACGAAGUCUGACCGAAUGACUACCUCACCUGAGCAACGGAAUAAUAGUAAUACGACGCCGUGCCUAUAUAGCUUUUGCAUGACAGGUGACAAGGGACAUGCGCUCUUCUUAACCCAGCAGUAAUGCCGGCGCACCUGCUAUAAAGAGCGCAGAGAAGAGGGCCGGAAAAAAAGUUAUCUGCAUGCGAGAUCUGCUUUGCAGGAGAGGAAUUUAAAAGAGCAAAAACCGCCACGCAAAUACAGCCGGAAUAAAACACUUUCAAUUGAUUGCUAGGACCAACAGGCACGGAGUGGAAGCCGUUUAUGUAACAGCGUCAACACAGACGUGGGUCUGAGUAAUUGAGGGAGAGGGAUAGUUUGGAUAAAACCCAAUACACCUGCCGGUAUAGACACCCAGAAGCGCAUCUGGUCGGUCCCCGCGUUGCCGUGCUCGCCGUGUAAAGUCGACGGAAUGCCGCUGCAGAUCCCGGACGAUUCCGCUUUCUCCGCUUUCAAGGAGCAGUGCGAAAACCACGAGGGAUGGAUAAUCCGGUACAACAAGGGAGGAGUGACGGUGUGGUGCAGAGACGAGGACUCUGAGACUGUCCAGAAGCUCAAGAUGAAGAUCAUCUGCAAGGAUGUCACAGCGGAGACACUGUACGACGUCCUCCAUGACACAAGCUACCGGAAGAAAUGGGACACCAACAUGAUCGACACCUUCGACAUUGGGCGGCUGACUGUCAACGCGGACGUUGGAUAUUACUCCUGGAGGUGUCCCAGCCCGCUGAAGAAUCGUGACUUUGUCACCAUGCGGUCCUGGCUGCCGCUGGGCACCGACUACCUGAUCAUCAACUACUCUGUCAAGCACCCGCAAUAUCCACCAAAGAAAGACUACGUGAGAGCAGUGUCUCUCUUAACGGGUUACCUCAUCCAGCCCAACGGGGAGAACUCCUGCAGCCUCUUCUACCUGACACAGGUGGACCCAAAAGGAUCCUUACCGAAGUGGGUGGUGAAUAAAGUAUCUCAAUUUGUGGCUCCAAAGGCUAUGAAGAGGAUCUACAAGGCCUGUCAGAAAUACCCCGAGUGGAAACGGAAGCACAACCCCAACCUGAAGCCUUGGAUGUACCCGGAGCAGAACACCCUGCCCUGCAUCAGCCUGGCCGACCUCACGCUGCAGCGGGCUGACUCGCUGGAGAACAUCGACGAGAGCAGUUUGAGCGAGGAGAAGUGUCAACACAGCGAUGACGAAGAGGUCCUGUCCUAAGGCAUGACCGCUGGCUCCGCCCACCGGCCUGCUCGUGUACAUACGUGUGUGUGUCCAUGCGUGCAGCUGUAAAUAAAGUUAUUUGCUCCACAUCCUCUGUUCCUGUCGCAACGUUGUGCUCUCCUUGCCUAUCCGGGCCGUAUAAGAACCUGUCAGUAGCUAAGGAACUCCUAGCGAUAUGUUGUAAUAGCUUUAGCCUUUGCAUGCUCGGAGAGAAGCAGAUUUUGUCCUGACAUCAGCCCAAAUACACUAGGGUCAGCUGCGUGGCUUUGCAUGCGAUUAGUUACUGAGCUUUUUUUCCCGUUCCCUUUCAGUGGAGUGCAGUGUAUAAAGUUAAACAAAAAAAAAUGACUUCGAAGGUGUCACUUAAAGGUGCCUCCUUAACCUCCCACGUUCUGGCAAGAAGCCUGUCUCCCCUGUGCCUCCUUCGCUUUCUUUUGCCUUUCUUUCUCCUCCCCAAAGGUGGCAAAGAAGCUCCUCCCACGGAUGGGCGUCCACAUCUCGCGGCUUUUGUUUUUUCCCGUGCCGCCGGACAAUGAGACGUAUCAGUUUGCCGGAGAUGAAGGCCCCCCCCUGCGGAAGGAACAGAAGCGGGGCCUUGUGCGAGGAGGGUGGGGAGGCCCCGUGAGGUGUCCAUCAGCCGGGCGUGGGGGAAGAAAAGGCAUGAAAACGGCACGGGCAUUCACAGAGACGAGCUUCUUCUUAGCUGUGGGCAUUCACAGAGACGAGCUUCUUCUUAGCUGUGGGCAUUCACAGAGACGAGCUUCUUCUUAGCUGCGGGAAAAAGACCUUGCUCCACUCCCUCCUGCAUGGCCGUCCCCACGCCCUAACGGAAAGGCCCGGACUCUGAGUAUGGUCACCAGCUGCUGUUAUUCUAUGUCCGAAAGCGUAAGAAACGCGGGAGGGUGAAAGUGGUUGGGAUUUCAGACUCUCCACCUGUCGUCUCAGAAGACGGCUUCCUUGUCAUCUGUGGAACAUCUGAGGCGAUGAUGUCAACUCCAAGGUUAAGUCAGAACAAAGUGUGCCUAAGGCAGGUAUACGAAGGCGGGACAGGGGCCACCGUCGGAACACAGGCCGAUCCAAAAUGGCUUCCGUGUUGUGACCUUGCUGUGCAUUCUGGUUAUUGUGUAUUUUGUAUUUUUUACUAGCUAAAAUUUCUUUAGGCCACUAAAAUUCACCCCCCAAUAUCCUAAUCUAAUUUAUAAUGUUUCAUACAAAUGUCCUUUAUUAUAAUGUUAUCUUAUAUGACACAUUUUCAUUCUUUGUAUUUCAUUUCCAUCUACAUUUUAUAUACUGUCACUUUUCGAGUGAGCUACACGGUUUCGCUUGUAGUUAAAUGCGUAUCAGCUUACACAAUCUAGGUAACAGAUUUUCACUUUAAAGACUGUCAAAAAAAAUAAACAAAACGUGUGUAGAGUUCACAACUGUAGCGUUCUUCAUUUAGAGAUUUAGAAAUCUAGAACUUGACUGACCAAAAUAAGAAGUAUUUUGUGCAUAUGAAGAGUAGGAAGUUGGCCUAUUUCUGCGCUUGCCGAGAAUAGUUAUGUUUGUUUAUUUAACACUUCCUUGACUUGAUGGAUUAUCUCCCCACUUGAACCUGUUUUCGGCUGAUGCUGAGCUCGGAGGCGGACCUGCCCCCCCACAUCCACACGGUCAUAGAGUAUGACAACGGAGGGACACCGAUGGUAAUGUUUUCAUGUACGGGAAGGUCUCUCCUGGAUGUUAGAACACCGUGAGCCAAUGUCAAUGCUCUGUCAUAAAAUGCAGUCGGGCGACUCUUCAUUUUA